AUGUCUCCCAGAAUAACCAGAUUUUCCGCCCGCCAAGCAGCGAGCCAGGCGGCUCGAGCUCCUGCUGCACCACCAGCCUCUACCGCACCCUUGCCAGAGUCCUCGUCUCCAACUGCUCCCCCACCAUCGCUGUCCCGGAAGCGAAAAGUUUCGAGCGCUGAGAAGAAUCUUGCGACCGGACCCCAACCUAGCUCUUCGGUUCGACGGUCCAAGAGACAAAAGAUCCCCGAAGCUGCUGUUCCACCACCCGAAACUGUAGAUAACCCGUCACACUCAACCUUGCCGCGGAAGGGGAGGGCUGCCGCGGAUAUGGAUGGCGCUGAGUUAGUCAGAAGCUCAUUUCUCGUGGACGUGGCGCUAAUCUCUGAGAGCAGGGUGCCUGCUGUAGCCGCCGCCAUGGAGACGUCUCCCAGUUCCAAUACUGGUAGCCGGAGAUCAACUCGAAGCAAGCGAACUUCUUCCCAAUCCCAAGAAGACGACGACUUGAGUAGAGACGGCGGCACGACCUCCAUCGAACAUGCUUCGUACCACGACGAUAAUGAAGACGACGAUGAGGACGACGAUGAGGACGAGCACGAAAAUGACAAUGACAACGAAAACGAGGACGAAGACGACGAUGAAGACGACGAAGACGAAGACGAGAACGACGACGAUCCCUUCGGCGCUUACGGCGGCCCAGGAGACCAUGACUCUGGCCUUUCUAGCACUCUGCGAGCGUUAACCGGCAUGAUGACCGGCUUAUCUAGUCGACUUCGAGAACUCCUUGCAAGUCUACGUAGUGAUGAUUCAUCAGUCCAGGUGAUUGCCUUGCAGGAGCUGUCCGAGAUUUUCUUAGUCUCCAAUGAGGAUAAUCUGUCGGGCCACUUUUCGCCCGACGCCUUCGUCAAGGAGCUCGUUCUCCUCAUGUCAAAGGAGGAGAGCCCAGAGAUCAUGCUCUUGGCAUGUCGCUGCCUUGCGAAUCUUAUGGAAGCCCUGCCGGCAAGCAUUGCGAAUGUCGUGUAUGGAAAUGCCGUCCCAGUUCUCUGCCAGAAGCUGCUUGAAAUUUCAUUUAUAGACCUCGCCGAACAAGCUCUGAGUACCCUUGAGAAGAUCUCAACCGAGUAUCCUUCCAGCAUCGUCCGAGAAGGGGGACUCACGGCGUGCCUAUCCUAUCUUGACUUCUUUGCAACCAGCACGCAGCGGACAGCUGUGACUACCGCGGCCAAUUGCUGUCGGAACAUUCCUGACGACUCGUUUCCCGUGGUUAAAGAUGUCAUGCCAACCCUCCUGAAUGUUCUUAACAGUAACGACCAGCGAGUUGUGGAGCAAGCUUCCUUGUGUGUUUCAGGCAUCGUCGAAAGCUUCAAGUACCACCCAUCGAAGCUCGAAGAAUUGAUUAGUGUUGGCCUACUACGCGCAAUAUUACGUCUUCUCGUCCCGGGAACUACCAAUCUUAUUGGACCUAAUAUCCAUACUCAGUUCCUCCGCGUGCUAGCCUUCACCGCGAGGGCUAGUCCUAGGCUUUCCUCUGAGCUUUUCAAGUUAAACGUGGUUGAGACGCUCUAUCAGAUUUUGACGGGCGUCUCUCCUCCGACGGGGACUGAGGAUGUAGCAUCCAAACUGGACAGCGUGAUUGUCAUGCAGGCACUUAUUCAUCGACCUCGCGAGCAGAUUGUCGAAGCUCUCAAUGUCAUAUGCGAGCUUCUUCCGGGCUUGCCUCGCAAUGCAGGAGUUGCCGUGGGUGAUUUCAUGGAGUUGCAUGAUGCGAUUGAGCCGAUUACGCCGUCAUCCAUGAACGGCAGAUGCAAUCCAAAUCACAACGACCGCCGCCUUGAGCUUUUGGAGGACUGCAAGGACCAAGUUCGCCGCUUUGUGCUCAUCAUAUUCCCAACAUUAACAGAUGCCUUCUCCAGCACAAUCAACCUGAGUGUGCGCCAGAAAGUCUUGACUGCUCAGAUAAAGAUGCUCUCCAAUUUGGACGAGCGUCUGCUCGCAGAGGCGCUGGCGCCAGUACCUUAUGCCUCCUUUUUGGCUUCUAUUCUGUCACAGGAAGAUCAUCCUUCGUUGGUUAUUUUGGGCCUCCAAGCGACCGAGUUACUCCUUACUCGCCUUGAUAGCGUUUAUCGAUAUCAGCUUUAUCGCGAGGGCGUGAUAUUUGAGAUUCAAAAGCUGGCCAUGGAUGAUGGCCAGCCUAACACAAAGGAAGAUCCUCCCAAAUUGAAGAAUACCACUCGAAGACUGAGCUUGCCUGAUGCUGGUGAUAGCAGCACGCCGUCAUCGGAACAUGAGUCUGACGACAAUGACAACGACAAUGAAGACGAAGAGGCUGAGGAUGAACACGACACUGCUGCUCAUGAGCACCACUCUUCUGGCGGCGAGGAAGAAGACGUCGAUAACGAGCUCAAUGCUAGUGACGCAUCGCCGGCUAGUUCUCGCGGCUCGUCAAUGUCCUUGGAUGCCGCAUCCCUUCCGUACGUCUCCAACAUCCAACUGAUGAAAUCUCGCAUCGUCAUCAUCGCCAAAAAAUUCUUAGAAACCCACGAGAAAGACGGCCGCAGUCAUGACAUGCGAACGCAGGCCACACAAAUACUCGAAACUUUAUCUCGUCUGGCGGAGGAGCUCGAGGCCUUUUAUUUGACACGCACAUCAAAACUACUAUCUCCGGAAACUGGACGAAUGCUUUUCUCCAAGCUUUCGUCUUACUUUGAUACCGACAUCCUGGAAAGCAUUACCAGCGCAGAGCUUCUGGCUUCCGGCAUGGUAAGAGUACUUCUCGCAGUUUUCAGUAAUCCUGACGAAGCACUGGCACAUUCUGCUCAAGCAAGCUUCUUGGAAGUAUUCAUGAGCCCUGCAGCGAAGUCUAGACCUAGAACUGGUGCUGUUGAAUCACAAGCCACACCAUUUAGUGUGCUGAUUCAUAAAUUACAAGAUCUGCUCAGUAGGUCAGAGCAUUUUGAAGUUAUUACAGUUCAUCAAAAUAGCUUUGAGGGGAAUCGCAGCAGCCCGGCCUCAAUGCUGGGCAAGCAGCUCAAACUCAGGCUUGUCGCAGACGAUGAAUUAUCGAUUCCACGACCCUACCGAAAUAUCAUGGUUUCCAUUCACGCCAUCGCCACAUUCAAGUCUCUUGACGACUACCUUCGCCCACGAAUUAGCUUAGCAGAGCGGCCAAGGAUAUCCCGAAGGGAUGGACUUUCUAGGGCUCUUGCGGCCAUAGCCAGCUCUGGCUUAUCCCAGAAUCUUGCAGCAGGCGCUGGUCUAACUGAACAAUCUCCCGAUCUGCAUGGUACUACGCAACAGCCACCCUUGCCGCCGACAUCUUCUGCAUCUUCGGGCUCUAGAUUUUCUGGAAAUGUCAAUAUCAAAUCAGCUGAGAUGACCAAUCAACCACCACUUGCCGGACCCUCUAGUGACAAAGGAUCCUUACGGCGGUCUUCCAGACUCUUCAGAUCACCAGCAGAUGUAUCAAACCCCCCGACUCGUCCUCCCGAUGAAGACAAGGCGCCGCAGCCCACCCUGGAGUGUGCAGACGAAAAACAGCUCACUGAUGAUGACGACGAUGACGACGCUGGUGAUAGCACUGCCCUGGACGCCAUCGUCGGCGAGCUCGACGAAGACAUUGGGGGAAAAGGAGAGGCGGAUACAUCCGCCGUCAACCUAGAAGUCGCUGCUGAGAACACCAUUGUGACUCGAAAAGAGGACAAUACCAGAGUCGCGACACCACCUGGAGCAAAUCUUCACGACUACGAUCGAGUACUGUAUAGAAGCGCUCCUCAUGCAGCACCCCACCCUUCAUCACGACAGGCCUCUUACUCUUCUAUACUCCAAACUAUUCCUCAAGAUUGGCACAUUGAGUUCACUCUAGAUGGCAAGGUUAUUCCGAACGAGACAACUAUUUAUCGCGCUGUUCAUACGUCGACGUCUUCUGCGAAUGACCAUGGCAAUAAGAACAUCUGGUCCUUGACACAUCCCAUCAAAUUUCGGAGGGUCUCCGGGCAGCCCCCUGCAGAGCCUAGGACGAGUACCUUCAACCCGGAAGCUGACGGAGAAAUGGAUAGGGGAAUGGCGGCUUCGUUAGCGAAGCAUCCGAUAACUGCCUCCAUUUUGCAGCUCCUCAACAUCCUUCACGACCUCAAUGCGAACAUAGAAGAUGUCUUGGUUGAGAAUAGGAAUAGCCUUGUUGGCCUACGCGUUGAGCCGUUGUCACAGUUUGUGAAUACAAAGCUUACAGCCAAGCUCAAUCGUCAACUGGAGGAGCCACUCAUCGUUGCAAGCAGCUGCUUGCCAAGCUGGUCCGAAGACUUGGCACGCCUUUACCCCUUUUUAUUUCCCUUUGAGACACGACAUCUCUUUCUCCAGUCGACAUCAUUUGGGUAUGCCCGAUCAAUGGCUCGUUGGCAGAAUGCGCAUUCGACAGAUGAUAACCGGCGAGAUCGCUCCAACGAAAGGCCGUUCUUGGGUCGCCUCCAGCGGCAAAAGGUGCGCAUUUCACGACUUAAGAUUCUUGAAUCCGCGUUGAAAGUGAUGGAAUUGUACGGCGCAUCCCAAAGCAUACUGGAGGUGGAGUAUUUUGAAGAAGUUGGCACUGGCUUAGGCCCAACGCUUGAAUUUUACUCUACAGUGUCGAAGGAGUUCUCCAAGAAGAAGCUCAAGCUUUGGCGCGAAGUCGACUCUGCUGGGUCAGACGAAUUUGUGACAGGUCAGACAGGGCUAUUCCCUCGCCCACUCAGCCCCGAGGAGACGACAACACCGAAUGGGGAGCGCAUUCUUCACAUGUUUAAGGCUCUCGGCAAAUUUGUGGCUCGAUCAAUGAUUGACUCACGCAUCAUUGAUAUCCACUUGAAUCCAAUCUUUUUUAGAAUUGGAGAUGCCUCUUUGACUGGUGUUAAGCCAUCUCUAGGAGCAGUCAAGAUUGUUGAUCCUGUUCUUGCGCGCUCGCUCAUCACAAUCAAGAAGUUCGUGCUGGCCAAGAAAGAAAUUGACGAAGACCCAGCCCGCACGCCGGCACAGAAAGUGGCUGACACGGAGGGAAUCAUGAUCGACAAUAUGCGGUUAGAGGACCUUUGUCUUGAUUUUACCCUGCCUGGCUAUCCGGAUAUUGAGCUCCAAGAGCAUGGCUCUCUAAAGCGAGUCACCAUUGAGAAUGUUGAUCUAUACUUGGAAAGGGUGAUUGAUAUGACCUUGGGGUCUGGCGUCAAACGCCAGAUUGAUGCCUUCCGCACUGGCUUCUCGCAAGUUUUCCCUUAUACGGCACUGAGAGCCUUUACGCCAGACGAAUUAGUUUCAUUGUUUGGCCGAGUAGAAGAGGACUGGAGCCUCGAGACUCUCAUGGAUUCAAUAAAGGCCGACCAUGGUUAUAACAUGGACAGCCGAAGUGUGAAGAACUUACUGCAGACUAUGAGCGAAUUAGAUCUCAAACAACGACGAGAUUUUCUACAGUUUACCACGGGCAGCCCAAAGCUUCCCAUUGGCGGCAAGUAUUCCCACGACAGGUUUAAAAGUUUAACUCCGAUGUUUACUGUUGUUUGUAAACCUAGCGAGCCUCCAUACACCUCGGAUGCUUACCUUCCGAGCGUCAUGACGUGCGUGAAUUAUCUGAAGCUUCCAGAUUACACUACCAUGGAUAUUCUUAAAAAGCAGUUGUACACUGCAAUCAGGGAAGGGCAGGGAGCUUUCCAUUUGUCGUGAGCAGCUGACAGUCUGGCCAUGGGACUUGAUGCGCCAUGAUGGAGUGGAAGCAUGGGUGGCUUAAUUAACUAGACGGCUUGGUUGGACGGAUCAGUCUAUUAAUACCGAAUAGUAUAUUGCGAAUGAUGAAGGAUGUGUU